GUUUCUUUGUUGAGUGGUGAAGUUAUGUAAUAAAAUCCGACAUUUUACUCAUUCUCCUCAUUCUCUCAGCUACAGAAAUCGUCGAGCUCAUACAAUUUAACCCAUCACCAUGAGCGAUUCCUACAGUGAUGACGGCAGCGAUGACGAAAGAUACGUUUUCGAAAUGAAGUCUGAAAAAUAUUUGAAGGCUGUGGGAAAUUUUAACAGAGACGUGGCAUCCUUCGAGGCAAUAAUUCCUGACUUGGUUCACCUGUCCAACAAGGAAAGAGGACAAUAUGUCGCUGAAAACUAUCAACCCUACCUGUUCGGGUUGCACGAUCGUCCCAAACGUGUCAAAAUGGGUAUUGUCCUUGGCAACAUAGAUGAACUGAAAACGAUCUGUAGAGGAUUAACAGUUGGAUGGAGGCUCUGGCCAGAUUGUUGGGCCGGACUUAUGAUGAUGCUGGACUAUCUGGCUGACCAUACCCUGACCCCUGAUAUAAAAAGGUUGGACCCAGAUUUCCUGCAAGUAAUUAAAGAAAUCGGAAAGAACGAAGAUUGGUCCAACAAUGUGGUCGGACCCGAUUUGGCCUCCCAAGCUAAACAUAUACUCAGCCUGUACAACCUCCCUGCGGGUUAUAAGAAGAAGGUAACUCUGAUUGAUCCCUGGAUAAUCUCUAUGUGCAUGGGACUGCCACUUAGCGCUAAAGAGUUUGAGCAUACCCACCACAAAAUCUGUGACGGGGUGGGUUGCCUCGAAGUUGAGACGGACACGGUCAAGUUUAAGCAUUGUGCAAAAUGUAAGAAAGCAUUUUACCAUGCGAAGGAGUGCCAAUCCAAAGCGUGGAGGGCUGGCCAUAAGAAAGUUUGCACGUCGUCAUAAGAAAGUAGUAAUGCAUGAAUUCAUGAGCAUGUCUAGAUAAAUACAUGCAUAUUUAUCUCCAAAUUUGGUGGAAUACUAUUAUUUUGUAAAUGAUAUAAAUUACAUAUGUACUGAAAUGCGCAAUAAAACUUAGUAUUUAC